AUGACCAACAACUUCCAAUCCGUCCAAGCACAAGAAGAGGGCGUGUUCAACGCAGCCCCGCCCCUCAAUCCGCCACCAAACCCAGCAACAAGAGAUUACAAGCUGAACCACCUCGCUAUCCGUAUCAGAGAUCCAGCCCAAUCUCUUCAUUUCUACGUUGAUCUUCUCGGCAUGCGAAUUGUGUUCACUAUGAAUGCUGGCCCUUUCACAAUUUACUACCUAGGUCACCCACCAGCAGAAGCCCGAACAGAGGAGGAUAUCAGCAAUUGGGCGAAGAAAACAAGUGAAAUCCCCAUCAUGACCAAAACAGCUGGACUUUUGGAAUUGUAUCAUACGCACGGCGCAGAGUCUGGUGGGAUAUCCACAGGCAAUGAGCCUCCGAGCCUUGGAUUCUCGCAUUUGGGAUUCACGGUUCCUGACGUGCCUGCUGCUGUGAAGAGGUUGAGGGAUGGUGGGGUGUCGAUUUUGAAAGACGUGGGUGUUUGUUCUAGGGAUACGGUGCCGCUUUCGGAGUGGGAGGCUGAGAGGGGGAUUGGGAGGGGGGAGAUUCAUGAGAAUUACGCUUGGUUCUUUGAGAAGUUUGCCAUGGUUGCUGAUCCGGUGAGUAUUCCACGUCUUGUUUCUGGCACGAAUGCUAAUGGCAAAGGAUGGAUAUACGGUGGAGUUGAUUCCCCAGAAGAUCUGAUUGAAGCUCUCAUGAGCUUGUCGAAGGACUCGAAGGUAUCCUGCACCAUUGGGAGAGCAGUCAUAUGUACAAGGCAAAAGCCCACGGCGGACGUCUGA